AUGACAGUUUCCGGGGAGGCACCGCAGGUUCCAGUGGCUUCACGCAAGAGUGGGAAUGUCUACGAAAAGCGUCUGAUCGAAGCAUACAUCAGCGAGAAUGGCACAGAACCCACGACCGGAGAGAGCCUCUCGGUGGAAGACCUCAUCGAUCUCAAGAGCCCCAAUGUCGUCUAUCCCCGACCCCCGCAGAUGACUUCGAUACCAGCCAUGUUAUCUUUCUUUCAGAAUGAGUGGGAUGCUUUGGCGCUUCAGACAUACACACUGCAACAGAAUCUUCACCAGGCUCGGCAGGAGCUCAGUACUGCACUGUACGAAAAUGACGCGGCGGUUCGGGUCAUUGCGCAGCUUACAAAAGAGAGAGAUGAGGCGCGAGCGACAUUGGCCCAGAUAAAUGUCGGUAGAGCUGCUGCUGCCAGCACGAAUGGUGAUGCGAUGCAAGUGGACAGCGCCCCGUUACCACAGGUGAUCGUGGAGAAGAUAGAAAGCGUACAACAAAGUUUGUCCAAGACCCGGCGGAAACGACCAGUGCCAGAAGACUGGGCCACUCCAGACUCAAUAUCAGCAUACACGUCGACGUCAACCUCGAAACCAUUGUUUCCCGGUGGAACUGUGCUUGCUGUACACGAGGCAGGAGAUAUGGUCCUUGUUGCAGGCAACAAAGCGGGUGUCUACUCGCUAUCAGAGCACACGUUAUCAUAUGCUCUCGACGUCGGCGAAGGAACAGUCACAAACGGUCUCUGGGCUCAUGACAGGGCGGUUGUUGCAACCUCAGCAGGCGCGGUCAAAGUAUUUGACAAGGAUCAAGAGGUCUCGUCGUUCUCGGUCCACGCUGGACGGGCCAAUGCCGUCGCUUUACACCCCAGCGGCACCAUUCUGGCUUCGGUUGGGGAGGACAAGACAUACAUCGUCUUUGACCUUGAAUCCAACCGUGUCCUGACUCAGGUCCUAAGUAACUCCAGUCUCCGCUGUGCUCAAUUCCACCCUGACGGUCACUUACUGGCGGCCGGCGGGGCUGAUGGUCAAAUCAAGAUAUUCGACGUCAAGUCUGGUGCGGAAGCCGCCACGUUUGACCUCGGUGGCCCUGUGCAAUGUAUCUUCUUCUCGGAAAACGGCACAUGGUUGGCAGGCGUGACAGAGAAGUCGUCGACAAUCUCGAUCUGGGAUUUGAGAAAAGCGACGGAAAUUACCACUCUCAAGACUGCCGGCCAGAUCGAUUCCAUCAGCUGGGACUACACUGGACAAUUCUUGGCUGCCGCAGGACAGGGUGGAGUUACGGUCGAACAUUAUUCCAAGACGUCUAAGGAAUGGUCGGAGAUUCUUAAGCGAGAGACACCGGCGACAAGAAUUGCAUGGGGCACGCAAGCUCAGAGUCUGGUCACUGUCGAUGAGGAUGGGGUGAUCACGACCCUGGCAGCGGCGGCGGCAACAGAUGCAUAA